AUGCGUGGGUUCUCUCCAGGUUCUCCAACCAUCCGACCAUCCGACCACCCGACCACCACCAAAGACAUGCUCAUUGGGUUAAUUGAUCAUUCUAAAUUGCCUGUGGUCCAUCAGGAUGACUUCUUCAAGCCCCACCAUCAAAUUGAAGUUGGUGAAGAUGGCUUUAAGCAGUACAAUGUCAUCAAUGCUCUGGACAUGGACGCCAUGAUGAGUACGAUCUACACAUGGUUGGAUAACCUGGUGAAGUUUGAGAAAUCUCAUGGUGUUAAUAACUCCCUGGACACUAAGAUCGUCCCAAAGUCUGACACUAAGGAGGAGGAGACUCACAUCCUUAUUGUGGAAGGCUUUCUGCUUUACACCUACGAACCUCUGAUCGAUGUGCUGAACCAACGUUACUUUAUUUCCAUCCCAUAUGAAGAAUGCAAAAAGAGGAGGUGCUCUAGGAACUACACGGUGCCAGAUCCACCCGGCCUGUUCGACGGCCACGUCUGCCCCAUGUAUUUGAAACACAAGAAC